AUGUAGCAUCUAUGGUCUUUCAACAACUGUACUUAUCUGAGGGAAUCACGCGCUCAUUUUUUUUUAAGAUCUUAAACAAAAAUCUAUGAGAAAGCAUCAGUAGUUGUCCAUGAAACAUAAAAUCAACAGCACCCGUUGCAUUGUGGGUAAAGGAAGUUCGGCGUCACAUGUUGAAAACAGCAUGGCAGGGAAACGAAAACUAGAGGACCUCAGUUUCGAUGAGUUCUUGCGGUAUGGAUUGGAUUCAGAUGAUGAAGAGGAGACGAAAGACAAAUCCCCCAAGCAAAAUGGACAGAAGAAAAAGGACAAGAGGAAAGAUAAUAAGGAUGAAGUGAAGAUGGGUAAAGCGUCCCAGCACAAGGACCAGUUGUCUAGAUUAAAAAAUAAAGAUCCAGAGUUUUACAAGUUUCUGCAGGAAAAUGACAAGAACCUCUUGAAUUUUGAUGACAAGGAUAGCUCUGAGGAUGAGGAUGAGGACAAUUACCACAGACUGCCAUCUACAUUGGAGGAGGCCAGCGAUGAAGAGGAGGUCGAGGAGGAGGGUGCUCAAAAGGCUUCUAAGAAAUCCAAGAAGACAGACGAGGCCAUUAAAAUCACUGAAAAAAUGAUCCGCGAUUGGAAAGCUUCCCUAAAAAAGGGACCUUCCUCCCGCCUCGUCAGAGAAAUCACCCAAGCCUUCAAGGCCGCCGUUGCUACGACUAAGGGUGAAGGAGCUACCCAAUGCAAGUACAAGGUGGAUGAGAGUUCAGUGUUUAAUUCCCUGGUCCUCUUCUGCAUCCGAGACAUCCACGGUGCCUUCCAGCAAAUGCUCAAUUUAAAGGCAGAUACAGACCCAAAACGGCUGGUGCUACCACAAACUAGUCCGAAAUGGCAGAAGAACCAAGUAGACAUCAAGAUGUAUCUCAGUGGCGUUAUUCAGUUGCUAUCCUGUCUAACAGAGGCCACAGUCAUCAGCGCUGUCCUGCGACACGCCAAUCAACUCGUCCCUUAUUUUCUUUGUCUUCCCAAACAGUGUCGGCACCUGGUUAAGCAAUUGAUAAAGCAAUGGAGCACUGGAGAGGAGACAUGUCGGGUCCUUGCCUUUUUGGCCCUCAACAAAAUCUGCAGACACAAGCAAGAAAACUAUCUUGUCCCAAUUCUGAAGCAAAUGUACAUUUCGUAUGUGCAAAACUGCAAGUUCACGUCCCCCAAUGCGCUGCCCAUGAUCAACUUCAUGCAGCGCACCCUAACAGAGAUGUACGCCCAGGACACGCAGGCCACUUACCAGCAUGCCUUUGUCUACAUCCGACAACUCGCCAUCCACCUAAGGAAUGCCAUGACCAUGAAUAAAACGGAAACAUACCAAUCAGUGUACAACUGGCAGUACAUCCACUGUCUCUACCUGUGGUGUCGUGUCCUCGGCACCCUGCACCCCAGUGACGUCCUUCACCCUCUCAUCUAUCCACUGUGCCAAGUUAUCAUUGGUACCAUCAAGUUGGUCCCCACGGCAAGAUAUUAUCCUCUGAGGAUGCAUUGUUGCAGAGCUCUCACACAACUAUCAGGCAGCACCAAUACAUUUGUGCCGGUUCUUCCUUUCCUCAUAGAGAUCUUUCAGCAGGUGGACUUUAACAAGAAACCAGGACGGAUGAGUAAGAGGCCCAUCAACUUUGCCGUCAUCCUGAAGCUGAACAAAGUCAACCUGAUGGAGAAAGCUUACAAGGAUGGAUUGAUUGACCAGCUCUAUGACUUGAUGCUGGAAUAUUUCCACACUCAGGCCAGCUCCAUCGGCUUCCCGGAGCUCGCUCUGCCCACCGUCCUUCAGCUGAAAGUGUUCCUGAAAGAAUGCAAAGUGGCCAAUUACUGCAAGCCAGUGCGCCAGCUUCUUGAGAAGGUGCGAGAGAACAGCAACCACAUCACAGCAAAACGACAAAACGCCACCUUCGGAGUGGCCGAUUCUAGCGCUGUGGCGGCAUGGGAGAAGGAGACCGCGAAGGAGGGAACUCCUCUAAGCAGAUACUACAUCCAAUGGAAGAAGUUGAGGGAGAAGGAAAUUCUAUUGGAGAUCUCUGGCAAAGAAAGGAUGGAAGAUCUGAAUUUGCCAGAGAUUAAGCGUAAGAAGAUUCAGGAGAAGAAAGCAGAGGACAAAAAGGAGUUCAAGGGCUUGUUUGAAAGCGACUCCGAGGAUGAUGAUGACGAUACAGGACUCAAAAUUAAAGAUAAAAAAGGCAGCCAUGAUGACGACGACGAUGAUGAUGAUGAUGACGACGACGAAGAUCUUGAAGGACUGUCUGACAUGAGUGACGGAGACUCAGAUGAGGAAGAGGAGGACAAAGAGGAUGAAAAGGUGUCAAAGGCCCCUCAGCCACUAUCGUCCUCUGCUCUCAUCAAGCUGGCCGAAGGAGACGAAGAUGUGGUGGAGGACCUGGAGCUGUCUGACGACGACUGAGAGGCUCAUUGCGCAAAGCCACUUCACCGUUUAAUAAGAUGUCUUUUGCUUUUGACAGUUGAAUUGACUUCUCUGUACAGUACAAAUCCAUUGUCAUGUCCUUUUAUAAACCAUAAACCCGCUUAAACAA